AUGUUAUGUGGAGUCACGUUGGAUGCAAAUAACCAUCUAUAUCCAGUUGCAUUUGGUAUUGUGGAUAGUGAGAAUCAUGAUUCUUGGAAGUAUUUCAUGUCAAAGCUAAAGGAAGCGAUUGGGGAAGUUGAGGACCUGGCGUUUGUAUCUGACAAACAUGCAAGUAUUACAUAUGCCUUGGAAACUAUUUUCCCCGAUGCCUAUCACGGUGCUUGCUACCACUACAUUAGUAUGAAUGUGAUUGCUAAAUCUAAGACUGAUCAUUGUCAUGUGUUGAUGUAUAACGCGGCAUAUGCUUUUAGGAAAUCUGAGUUCCACACUCACUUCGAAAAAAUCAAAUCAAAAGUCCCAGCUAUUACUCAAUACCUAGAUGGCAUGGGUUUUGAUAAGUGGUCUCGUGCUUACUUUCCUGGAAAUAGGUAUAAUAUAAUGACAAGCAAUUACGCUGAAAGUUUCAACAAUAAGACCGGAGAAGCUAGGAGUUUUUCGAUAACUACAUUCGUCGAAUUUAUUCGCUUCACACUGCAGUCUUGGUUCUGUGAUAGGAGAGAAACUAGCAAGAAGACAACUACAACUCUUGCACUGACUUAUGAGAAAGAUUUGGUGGAUAUGGCUAAGAAAGCUCGAUUCUUGAUCCCUUAUGCAAUAGGGAGGCAUGAGUUCCAUGUGUUAGAUGCUGCAAGCAUUCCAAGAACCUCUGCCAUGUUGACACUGAAUGGAACCAACCACAAGCAGUGGGUUGAAUCUCUCAUGAUGAACUUGACUCUUAUGAGAGUGGACUUGGCCUUGAGAAUGGAUGCACCACCUAAACCCACUGAUGAUGCCACUGAAAAGGACAAGAAAUCCUAUGAGGAGCAUUCCAAUCGUUGUUGUUUGAUGCUUAUGAGGUAUCACAUGGAUGAAUCCAUUAGUGAUAGCAUUCCUUAG